CUAUGAAACAUCUAAAAUCAUUGAAUUAUUUAUUUCCUUAAAUGUAAAUAUGUUGUCGUAGCACUUGGCACGUAGCACUUGUAACUGUAAACCGAUAACGCAGUUUAUGUUGAAGUCUAUAAGAAAGAUUGGUGUCUGAUUGAGUUAUCCAAUAGCUUACUGAAAUAUUAACUUUGUUGGUGGCUUUAUCUACUCCUAAAUCCAGCAACAAAAAUGCGAGGAGUGUCAUUUAAAGUAAAUUACAAGUGGCACCUGGGACAUCGAACGGGGGCUCACUGAGAUUUGCAUAUCGCAGAACCUCUAAGUAGUUUACGACGGCUGGCAGUCAUUCGUCAAACGGACAGCUGCAGCCGACUGUCUCCUCACCCUGCGACAGCCACUCUGCCCUGCCCGGGGUGUCCGCGUUCCCGUUGCCGUCUUCAGCGCUACAGAGUGAACCGGUGGACUUGUGGAGAUGGCUCUCUUCAUCACAGCUCUCCUGUCUCUCUCAGUUGCCAUGGUGGGAGUAGGCGGGGCUACUCCAGCCACCACUCCAUCCAGUGUCCACUCAGUGAUCCAGUGCCACGACUGGGGCGAGUCAGGCGAUGGAGCCGUGAGGGUGAUGGAGGGGGAGGCAUGCUGGCUUUUGUGCCCUCUCUUCUCCCAUCCCACUGUCUACAACUACAGCUCGGUCCAGGCAGCAGGCCUCAACCUUGUGUGGUACCACGUGGCUGCAGGUCAGGACCUGGAACAGCCCAUCGACUUCCACCACCCCGACCAGAGGCUCAGCAAGGAGAGGGAGAAGCUCUGGCUGCAGCCCACCACCAUGCAGGACGCGGGCCAGUACAUCUGCAUGCUGAGAAACAGGACAUCGUGUGCCAAGAUUGCCGUGCGUCUGGAGGUGUUGCCAAGUGGCCAGGACCCUAACUGUGAGGUGAAGGCUGCUGUACCUCCCACCCCAGUCAUCGCGCCCAUACAGGAGGGCAGGACCCUAACCUGCCCUGACCUGGAGGACAUCAAGCUGCCUAACACUAGCCACUCUGUCACCUGGUACCAUGAGUGCAAUGCCUUCGGGAACUUCAACAUCGAUCGUGUGUUCAAAGGAGACAAGCUGGUCAUCCAUGUAAUGUUGGAGCACUACCAAGGACUGUACCACUGUGUGGUCACUUAUGAGACCAAAGGAAGAGCCAUCAAAUUCACCAGAGUGGUCAAUGUAACCGCAGUGUCUUCCAGUGGUUUACCCAAACAGCCAAAUAUACUCAACCCUGCCAAGGAGCAACUCUAUCCUGUCAAACAAGGGUCAGAGGUGACUCUCAUAUGCAGGGUGUCAUUGCCCUACCUGGAAGGACCCAGGGAGACCUGGUGGACCAUCGAUGGGAAGACUGUAGAUCAGCUAGCUGAUCCCCGCAUCUCAUUCACUUCUAGGGUGGUGUUGAAUUAUUUUGGGGACUGGACAGUUGAGAAUGUGCUCCGCAUCCAGGACUUCAGCUCAGAGGACCUGACCAGAGAAUACAACUGCUCCGGACGCAACGGCCGAGAUGUAGCCACCCGCAGGGCAGUGCUAGAAGAGGAGGUGUACCUGCCAUCCGUGGAGCUGGGCUGUGGCCUGGGCGUGACUCUGUUCCUGAUGCUGGUGCUGUUCGUGGUCUACCACAUCUUCUGGCUGGAGCUGCUGCUGCUCUAUCGCUCCUGGUUUGGAACCGACGAACGCUGUACAGACGACAAGGAGUAUGACAUCUACAUCUCGUACGCGAGGAAUAGCGAGGAGGAGCAAUUUGUCCUCUUGACACUCCGCAGGGUCCUGGAGAAUGAGCUGGGCUAUACCGUCUGCAUCUUCGACAGGGACAGCCUUCCUGGAGGGACCAUCACUGACGAGACGUUGACCUUUGUGGGCCGCAGUCGCCGCGUCCUGGUGGUGCUCAGCCCAGGAUACGGCCUCCAGGGGACCCAGGCCCUGCUGGAGCUCAAGGCAGGGCUAGACAGCAUGGCAUGGGGUGGACAUCUGCGGGUCAUCCUGGUCCAGUAUAAGCCCUUGAGGCGGGGCGGCUGGGUGCGCGAGCUGAGGCGAGCGAGAGUAGCCCUGGCAUUGGUCCGAUGGCAAGGGGACAAAUCCAGCGAUCUGUCCUCUAGGUUCUGGAAGCGACUCCGUGUGGAGCUACCUGUCAGAAGGAUUAAAGACUAGCUACAGAGCCAAGAUAGUAACGUUUUACCACUGCAGAAUAUAGCUAUAGACACACAGCGAGCAUAAUAACAUGGUGGAAGACACAACUCGCACUUAGAAUACAGAAUGGCAUAGCAUAUAUGUGACGCACGCACGCACGCCCACCCACAUACACACACACACACACACCAUUGAUCCAUUAUUACACUGUCGUCUUGUUUCCUUUUUGUGAAUGAGAAACCAUUCAUCCAUUUGUUUUGCAUUCUGUUAAAUGCUCUUUUGAAAGGGUCUCACAUUGUCUCAUUUUGUAUACUUUCAUAUGUAAAUGUUUAUCUGAAUAAAUGCAUUUUUUUCAU